CAAAAACCAUGCCGGGCAUGGGAGACUCGGACUCGACCAUCGCUCCACGCGCCAUGCGCUCCCGCCUCUUGAAACUCCCUUCAGAGUUGCGACUGCUCAUCUACGACUUUGUCAUCUUCUGGCCCGACAGUCUUACCAUCGCAACCGAUGUGCAGACGGGUGUACAGCCCAGCACGCUCACCGACAGCGGCUACGAGAGCGAUGGUUCAUCAUCGGAUGCCGACGGCACCAACGGCGACGGCUGCCAGGUUCCAGGCCUCCCGUCAACCCACGUGCCCGUCAUUCGGGGUGGCUACCACCCGGGCCUGCUCAAGCUCUCCAUCGCUACACCGCCGUCGCGAGAUGCACCGGCCAACACCUGCACGGACGAAAACCGAGACGAAAAUCCCCCACCGUCUGUGCGCCUCCCGCCUGCCGCGCCCGCGGCCCUUCUCCAGACGUGCCGCUACAUCAAUGCCGAGUUGACCUGGCACCUCCAGUCGGUACGGAACCGCGAUCGCGGUAUCGCCCUCUAUCUCACCUAUCCGUAUGGCAUCCUAGUCUUCCACGCCCUCUGCCCUGCGCUCCUUCGGCUGGUCCGGAGCGUACACAUCAGCGGUCUUUUCGCCUAUCCCAAGCCUCAAAAUGUCCCUGACAUUUUCGUGGGUCGGCCCGCAACACAGUACUCGCACCCCGCACACAUCGCACCAUCCGUUACCGAUGCGGCCAACCAUGCGUUCCGGCGUCUGCUCCUCUCAACCUUCAGCCGACAACCGCGCUUCCCUCUGAAUAAGCUCGAGAUGCGCGUCUACUUCCCAGGCGAAGGCCAUGCAGCCAUUUGGGGCCAUGCGUCAAGCCCACUGCCGCAGGCCAUGGCGAAUAUAUGCGGUGGCAUCAUGGAUAGCUCGGUGUGGACUGGCAACAGAGGCAUUGGUGCCAGCCUUGUGGUGACGCCAUGUCCCGACAGGCGUAUCCUCGUACAGAAAUGGAAGCGGUUUGGGUCUGGUCAGGAGGAGACGGAGGGCUUUGUCAUCAAUAAAGAAUGGCCGAAAAGGGACACCAUCUCGCCAGAAGGAAGGGCGAAGCACUACUUGUAGCAUGGCUGUGGACGAGCUCAUGAUGAUGGCUUUGACGAUGGAAAGGAGUGAAUAUCCGGGCAUAGGUCAUUGAUCAUCUUCGAUGGUGGAUACUUAGACUGGACAUAGCUUUUACGACUCAUGAAGGUAGUCUGAGGAUCUGUAUCAGGUCCGGAAGCACGAGUAGAUAUCAGUAUGAUUCAUGACAAAAUUGCAAAUUUCAAUUUG